AUCCUUGUGAUUAGCCAACGGGGCCCAAGGCGUCAAGUUAGUAUAGAGGUGUCAACAGUACACAGACUGGUAUUACCCGCAGCUCAUAGUUAGUCACUUGCCGCACUAUAUAGUCAGCCUUACAUUGAUCUCACCACACUAGUUCGAGAUGGCAAAAUACGUAACGUUAUUAGAGGUAGUUGUGAUAGCUGUCAUGGUGGUUGCCGCCUCAGCGCAGACAGGACAAGCAGAGUCGGGAGAGGAGAGGACCCUUGGGUUAUUCAAGAAGAGAGGCGAUAGGAACGCUCAAGCUCAGCCGUACACCGGAGGUCUAUUAAGCGGCCUCUUUGGCUCCUUGUUCGGCGGUGGCAACCCCUACUAUGCACCUGGGUACUACGGCUCUGGAUACGGGUCUGGAUACGGAUCUGGUUACGGGCCAGGAUACUACGGAAAUGGAUUUGGAGGAGGCUUAAACGGAGGAGGAGGUUUAAACGGAGGAGCAGCUUUAAACGGAGGGGCAGGUUUAAACGGAGGUUACAACAGUUACAGUGGAGGUAGCCCGUUUAUCGGAGGUAGACCUGUGAACCCUGGAGGCGGAAGUUUCUAUAGACCCGGAAGCUCAGGGUUCAGCUCUGGAUUUGGGGGGUAUCAACAGUAUCCUGGAGGCUACAGUGGAGGUGGAUUCUUUCGUGACGUACGAGCUACCAAGGACCAUGACGUGGAUAACAGCUGAACAGGAGCAUCAUUUUGUAUAUUUAUUAAUUUUUGUAAUUUUUAUGUAUUUAAAAACUGCCAACAUUUUGUAAAUCUAGUCAUCAACGACAUCAUUUGUAAAUAAAUCUUUGAAUCAA